UCUUAAUUCCAAGUUCUUUGACAGAUUCCAUUCAUUACUCUGCAACAUGAAAAGGUUUUAGAAACCAAAUAAAGAACUUAUAUGGUGGAGAAAAAGAAAAGAAGAUAGCCUUGAGAAUCAAAGACUUUGUACAUUUUCACCAUGUUUGGAUGAUUGGUUUCUAGCAUUUCCAGCAAGUACCACAAAAGGGGUGUGUCUAUUAUCAUGGAAUGAUGAAAAAAUCUGCAUAAAUGUCAAUCGAUAACAUAACCUCAAAAUUUUGACUUUGUUGAUUUCAAAAUCAGCUAGUAUUUUUUCAAAGCGUAAGAUUUGAGAAACCCAUGUUUGAUUUCAUGUGUAGAUAUCUACCCUUGGUCACUACAUGUAUUAUUUUUUAAGAUUUUAAGUACGUUUUAUCACCAAUAGAUGCUCUGCACCGAUGCAUUUAAUUCCCAAAAUGUUCUGAAAUAAUGUUUCAUUAAUAAUGCAGAUAGAUAGAUGCUCAUAGAUGCUGCAGUGCUGACACAGCAACAACAUCCUAGCAGGGGACAUUCAUUAAUUAGGGUUCAGUCUAUUUCAGAAGCAACCAAGUUACCAAGGGCUUUGUGGAUUCUCACACUGUACUCUUUUACUUCCAUCGAAUCUCAAAUAAGGGUUUUGGGUGAUUUGUCUUCAUGGAAACGAUAUGCAGGUGUACAGGUGACAGAGGAAAGGACCAUGAAGCUUUUGAUCAUCAGGUUACAUAAGCAACCAAGUCUUAUAGUUUCCGAAGGGGGACAUGUCCAUCAGUCUUAUAGUCUCCAGUCAUUUGAAGGUGAAGAAACUAUAACUUUUGCCACUAUACUAAUACCUCCUGUCCUCCUCUCUCCUCUGAAUUCUGAACACAACGUUUGGAACUUGGAAUCAAGUGAAGAGGUGGAAGAGGAUAUCGGAAGUGAUUGUGGAGGAGAUGAUAGUGUCCAAGUUGAUGAUGAUGAUGACCGUUUCGCGUAUUUUUAG